AAAGCGGUUAAGCUUAAACCCCAGUGCGGCGCUUUAGGGUUUUGAUUGAGGCUUUAAGCUGACUUCUGCUGGGUAGCCGUUCCUCUCUUUUGAUUUCCAAAAAUCACAUAUCUCUUUCUUCUCUCUUGAUUUUUGAAGAACAGAAUGGCGAGCUCGAUAGCUUCGCAGUUACAGGCGAUUAAAUCGUUUAUUCAAACCGACAAUGAACCUCAGAAGCGACCUUUCACACGCCCUUCCGUUUUGUUCAACCCUAAAGAGGCUGCCGACAUCGAUAUCGACACCAUUCUAAACAUUGGAUUGUCAGGGCUAGAGAUUAUAGUAGGCGUCGACGAAAGGUUUAGAAAAUACAAGAAUGAUUUGUUCAGUCUCAAGAGUAAAGAAUUGGAUAGAGAAUUGAUGGGGGUGGAUGAUAAUAACCGACUUAAUUCCUCGAUAAGUUUGUAUUUGAGGUUACUAUCCGGACAUCUCCAGCUUCCGGCGUCUCUUAAAACACUUGAGUACUUGAUACGUCAAUACAAGAUUCAUGUUUACAACAUUGAGGAUUUGGUUUUAUGCGUGCUUCCAUACCAUGACACACAUGCUUUUGUUCGUAUAGUUCAGUUAAUCAACACAGGGAAUAGUAGAUGGAAGUUUUUGGAUGGUGUUAAAGCAUCUGGUGCACCACCUCCUAGGUCUGUGAUUGUGCAACAAUGCAUUCGGGAUAUGGGAGUUUUGGAGGCCUUGUGCAACUAUGCAUCUCCAACAAAGAAAUUUCAGGCAUCAAGACCGGUGGCUAGCUUUUGCACUGCAGUUAUUGUUGAAGUUUUGGGUUGUGUUGCAACUAUUGACAGUGACAUUGUGAAGAGAAUCCAUCCAUUUGUAGCUUCUGGUCUUCAAACUGGUACAAAAGGAGUUUCUGAUCACAAGGCUGGUGCUUUGAUGAUUGCUGGGUUACUAGCAAAUAAAGUGGAAUUGUCUCCCAAGCUUGUGAAUAGUUUGAUUCGAACAGUCACUGAGGUUGCUAGGGAAGAUGUAAAGGAGUCUACUGAUUUGCAAUGGUUUCGGUUGUCCCUUAUGGCUUUGAUAAAUCUUGUUCAGUCACAGUCUGUUGACAUAUUCCCAAAGAAGGCCUUGGAAAUUUUGAGGGAUAUCAGGGAUAUUGGCACGGUUCUUCUGGAACUAUCUCAAGAGUUUAAUAUUGAUAGAUUCCUUGCCAUACUGUUGGAAGCUCUGAUUGAUCAAAGUUCUUAUGAUGACUCAUAUCAUCCUGCUUUAAUAUCAGUAAUAGAAACAGUUCCUUUGAGGAAUUUAGUGGAUCAUAUUGUCCCAAAGAUUCUACUAACAUGCAUGAAAUUAUCUGAGGGUGGUGGCAAAUUGGCAACUUUUGAAUCAGUAACCUGGGCCAAGAAUGUUUUAGCCGCUAUCAAUAAGAAUUAUCCAUCACAUUUUCAAGUUUCUGUUCGCAAGUUCCUAAAGGAUGCCAAAGUACAAUCCAAGAAAGAAGACACUGUUUGUGAGUUAUUGAGUAAAAUUUUGGACGGGAAUUUGGAUUUAUCUUCAGCCUUUUCAGAGUCCAAAAUAUGGUUUGCAUCACACCAUCCUAAGCCCGAGGUUCGACGUGCUAUAUUUUCAGGGCUUGACCGAUCUGCUAUUCUUAAAAUAAAGUCUCUUGAUGCACAGAAGUUCAUGGUUAUUAGUGAUGCCAUACUGUGCCAGCUUCGUGAUGAUGAUUUAACUGUGGUUCAAGCUGCUCUGUCUGUGGAUGGAUUGACUGAAAUAAUAAGUCCUUCAGAUCUUCUCGAAGCAUUACGUGAUGUGCUUAAGAGAUGUCUAAGUUUUCUGAUAUCAGGAUCAUCAGUCAACUCUACUUUGUCUUGUGAUGUUGCUGUUUCAUUCCUAGAGAUUGCCGUGUUCAGCUUCCAUGAUCAAAUAGAUUAUUUGAAAGAAGUUGCUUCCAUGAUAUUCUCAUUACUACUUAUUCUGCCUGAGACUCAUAGGUUGAGCUUAAGGGUUUUGGAUUUAGCCAAGAAAAUAAAUUGGCCAUUUUUCCAGACUCUUGCAGCUGCAUCUGGGAAGGAAGUGUUGCAGAAGUUGCUCUCUGGAUCAUCAGUUGAUGCGGAGGCUGUCGGCAGAUUUGAAAGAAAAAUGCAGAAGCGUGGAAGUGUGUGUACAGUUAAUAUGGAAAUUAUUAGAAGUUUAUCGGAGGAGUUCUUGGUGCAACCUAAUGAGUAUAUGCCCUGGCUUAUCAGAAGUUGCAAUAGCUUUAAAUCUUCAAAGACUCUUCUCUUUUUGGUUCUGAUGCAGUCAUUUUCUAUGUCGAUAAAGAUAGGUGGAAAUUUUUUGGUACUCUUCGAUGCUUGCUUUCCAGUUCUGAAGUCCGAGUGGGAAGCUAUUGGCUCUAUUGUUGGGAUUUCUCUACAAGAGUUCAAUGAAGAGAUGCUUGAUUGGGAUUGCAGAAAGUUCCUAGAUCAGCUAUUUGAUGUUGAUAUUGAUACUCUAAAUAAAAAUAUUCUUACAUGCGUAUUUUGGAGGUUACUUGAUUCAGCAGUAGAUGCUGAAGUCUUUUUGGAUGAUAGUGAGGAAUGCAUAGCCCGAGUUCAGGAUUUCUUCAUCUUUGUGUCAGGUUCUAGUUUGAAGAAUGCAUUCAAGAAACACCUCCAACAACUUGUUGAGAAGCAUCUACAUGACUUUCUUAGAAAAUGCAAAGUUUCACCAGUUCGAUUUCUGUCUAGUUUUUAUACAGCCGAAGAAGUUCCUGCAGCAGUUCAAGUAGAGAGCCUCCAUUGUUUCUCAUUUCUUUGUUCUCAGCUAAAUGAUAGACUACCAUUUGAACUUUUGGCUGAAUUUCCCUCACUUCUUCUUCCACUCACCAGCAACACUCAGGCUACUAGGAUUGCUGCCAUGGACUGUGUUGAAAAGCUUUAUAAAUUGUGGUGUCGAGUGGACUUCUCCAGUAAGAAAAAUGGGAACACUGCAAUUUGGAGCCAUUUUCUUGAUGAACUUUUGGGCUUGAUGGUCCAACAAAAGAGGCUCAUACUGUCAGACAAAAAUUUUCUCCCUUCUUUUUUAACAUGUUUGCUUACCUCGUCUUCUGAGAGCAUUGAGCAGAGAUUUAAUCAAUCUACCAAGGAGAAGAUUCUUGCUUUCAUAUUGAGCACUGCUCUAAAUCAUCCCGAAUCUGGAAAGCUGAAGGUUUUAUCAUUGCUCCAAGGAUUAGGCAAUGUGAUUCUUCAUGUUAAAGAGGUUGAGUCAUUAUUGUCUCUGCUUCUUAGAAAGCGAAGCCAAUGCUAUUUUAACCAAGAAAACUCAUCACACAAAUUUUCAGAAACUGAAAUUAGAAUCCUGUGCUUGCUUUUGGAGAUGUGUUUUAUGCCCUCAGCAUCUCCCAGUGGACAGUUUUCUGAACAUGUAUUCAAGGCAUUGCAAUUGGAUUCUAAGUCUCCAGAAGACCCUGCCAUUGUAGAACCCUGUGUUACUAUUUUACGGAAGCUCAACAGUCAAUUCUACAGUGGCUUGACAAAUGAGGCAAAGGGUCAUAUGUUCCGACAACUAGUACUUUUGUUUCGCAACAAUAAUGGUGAUAUUCAGAGUGCAGCCAGAGAUGCAUUGCUGCGUUUAACUAUUGCUUCAUCUACAGUAGGUGAGAUGCUUGAUCUUGUGUUGAAGGAGGAUACACUCGUAAUUGUCUCUGCUCAUGGAAAGAAGAAAAAGAAAUCAGCUGCGAAUCCAAAGUCUGGUUAUGAUUUAGUUUCUACUGGAGAACAAACUGUCUAUUUUCUGUGCUCCCUUCUUGAUGUGUUGCUUCUGAAGAAAGAUAUAUCAAACAGGCAGUUUAUUGUUGGCCCCUUAUUUAAGCUUCUUGGGAAAGCUUUCUCUGAUGAAUGGAUACGUGAUGUUCCCACUCAAGAUGAAAGAUGGUUACAAACUUCUGGUGUUCCUCAGUUGAAGUCUACUGCAAUUUUCUACAUACAGCAAACAUUAUUGUUAGUUCUGGAUGAUAUUUUCAAUUCAUCCAUGAAUGAAAAUAGUCCCCUUAAGGAUGGCAUAGUAGAUGAAAUUGAUAUCAAACUGCUGGUUGAUUGUGCUAGCUUGACAAAGGAUGGAGCAACCCGUAAUCAUGUUUUUACACUGUUAUCCACAGUGGCUAAGUUAGUUCCUAAUAGAAUAUUGGAGCACAUAUUGGAUAUACUUACGGCUAUUGGAGAAUCAGCAGUCUCACAGAUUGAUAGCCAUUCUCAACAUGUAUUUGAAGAUCUUAUAUCUACUGUUGUUCCAUGUUGGCUGUCUAAGACCAACAAUACAGAAGAAUUGCUUCAGAUUUUCAUAAAUAUAUUGCCUGAAAUUACUGAGCAUAGGAGGCUGUCAAUUGUUUUGUUCCUAUUGAGGAUUCUUGGGGAGAGUGAUAAUUUGGCUUCAUUGCUUGUCCUCCUUUUCCGUUCAUUAGUUUCAAGAAAAGGACUAUCUUGCCUCACACAAACAUACACUUCAGAGAGUUUGUUGUAUUCUGCACACCGAGACUGGGAGUAUUCCUUUUCCAUACAAAUAUGUGGGCAGUACUCAUGCCUGAUUUGGCUUCCGUCUCUAUUAAAGGUUCUACAAUUAAUGAGAUCGGAUGAUCUCUCUCAAGAACUGUUUAUGCAAUUGGUGUUCACCAUGGAUUUUGUUUUACACAAAUUGCAAGACCCAGAAUUUGCGUUGAAGCUUGAAUCAAGGGAGAAUUCAGAUAGCAUCCAGAGAAAACUUGGAGAACUUGUAGAGCAGGUUGUCUUUCUCUUACAAGUUGUUGACAAUAGAAGAAAGAAAAUAGGCAUUUCAGUUACAAGUUGGAAAGAAUUUAAGGCAUGUGUGCAAGCCAUUUUGAAGACAAUUACAAUGAGUAUGAUGCCUAACACUUGCUUUGAAUACAUCACCAAAUUACUUGGCAAUGCAGAUAUCACUGUCCGAAAAAAGGCCCUUGAGAUAUUAUGUGAAACAGCGAAGGAGCAUGUCUCUGUUAAGUCAAAACGCAAGGAGAAAAGAGAACUGGAUCCAAAUUCAAAGAGCAAUGAGCUCCAUUUGGAUGAUAUUUCACUCAAAUCUUUUCAGAAGAUGUGUGCAGAAAUUGUUCUGAUAGUUGAUGGUUCUAUAGAUGAAUCAAAUGAUUCAUUGAAACUGGCUGCACUUUCAACACUGGAUAUUCUGGCACAGAGGUUUUCUUCUAAUCAUUCAGUCUUUGGCAUGUGCCUUGCAUCAGUUACAAAAGGAAUUAGUUCAGAAAAUAUGGCUGUCUCUUCCAGCUGCCUUAAAACAACUGGUACAUUGGUUAAUGUUCUUGGGCUAAAGGCACUGGCUGAGCUUCCUUGUAUGAUGGAAAAUGUUAUAAAGAAGUCCCGUGAAAUUUCUGAGGGUUCUAAUUUAAAAAGCGGAAUUGCUGAAUGUACUUCCAUUUUGCUCUCUAUUCUUGUCACUUUGGAGGCGGUUGUUGAGAAGCUUGGUGGAUUUUUAAACCCAUAUCUUGGAGAUCUCAUAGAACUCAUGGUACUUCAUCCUGCGUAUGUGUCGGCAUCAGAUCUAAAGCUGAAAACAAGAGCUGAUUUAGUGCGAAAGCUCCUGACUGAUAAAAUCCCUGUUCGACUUACUCUUCAGCCUUUGCUAAAGAUAUACUCGGGUGCUGUUAAAUCUGGAGACUCAAGCUUGGUGAUUGCUUUCCAAAUGUUAGCAGACCUAGUUAGUAAAAUGGACAGGCCAACUGUUAGUGGUUCCUAUGCAAAGAUUUUUGACCAGUGCAUGAUUGGUCUUGAUCUUCGUAGGCGGCAGCCUGUUACAAUUCAAACUAUCAAUGUUGUUGAAAAAAGUGUCAUCGAUGCAAUAGUAUCACUUACAAUGAAACUUACCGAGAAUAUGUUUAAACCUCUUUUUGCCAAGAGUGUUGAGUGGGCUGAGGCAGAGUUUCAAGAUGUUGCUGGUAGUGGAACCGGUAAUAUUGAUAGGGCUAUAUCAUUCUAUAGCCUGGUUAAUAAACUUUUGGAGAAUCAUAGGUCUCUGUUUGUCCCCUACUUCAAGUACUUGGUCAAGGGUUGUGUACAGUUGCUUAGUGAUUCUGCAGAUUUUACAUCUUCUAGUUUAGUUCGGAAGAAAAAGAAAGCCAAGGUCCAGGGGGAUGGGAAUCUCGGAAACAGCAUCUUGUCACAUAAAAGCUGGCAUCUUAGGGCGCUGAUCUUAUCAUCACUACAUAAAUGUUUUCUCCAUGACACUGGAAGGCAGAAAUUUCUGGACUCAUCAAAUUUUCAGGUUUUAUUGAAACCCGUUGUUUCUCAGCUUAUCAUAGAGCCACCGACUUCUAUCGAAGAGCAUCCAGAUGCACCGUCUGUGAAGGAAGUAGAUGACUUGUUAGUUAUUUGUAUAGGUCAGAUGGCCGUCACUGCUGGAACUGACCUACUAUGGAAGCCUCUGAACCACGAGGUGUUGAUGCAAACGCGGAGCGAGAAGAUACGUGCUCGAGUGUUGGGGUUGAGAAUAGUGAAACAAUUUCUGGAUAAUUUAAAAGAAGAAUACUUGGUGCUGCUGCCGGAGACCAUCCCGUUCCUGGGUGAAUUGCUGGAGGAUAUGGAGCUGCCUGUGAAAUCGUUGGCUCAAGACAUUGUGAAGGAGAUGGAGAGCAUGAGUGGCGAAAGCCUUGGUGAAUACCUCUGAAGACAUCCAGAGGCUUAAGGCUAAAUUUUUGUAGGAUAAAUACCCACUCUUAACUAACUUGUUUUAAUGAUUUAGCUGCCCUUUUGCUCGUACCGGGUAUGAAUAAU